AUGAUUGGUGGAAGAUGUAAACAUUUUGUAUUUUCUGGACUACUUCUCAUCAGCUUUAAAAUGGUUUUUUCUGCUAACACAGGUUUCACUGUAUCUGUAUAUGAUGUGACAUCAACGAGUCUCUACAUCCGAUGGUCCAAAUUUCCAGGAGCUUUUUCUUAUAGAGUAAUGGCAUCACCUGUGAACAUAGUGGGCCAUUCUUUGAUGGCUUAUUUCACUGAUGUUACCAUUGUAGGCACUCUAACAUCACUGUCUCCUGACACAGUCUACACAGUAAAGGUGGAAGCCAUUGACAUCAAUGGGAUUUUACUGGCCGAAGCCCAUACUAUGCAAUUAACAGCUCCAGAGAUUCCUACUAUUGAAAAAGCCUAUUCAAAGCUGAGUAACAGUAUCACAGCAGAAUGGGCAGCAGUCCCAGGAGCAUCCAGUUACCUGCUGACAGCACAGGACGGAGAGUCCUUCAUUGAAACAAUAGUCACAGGUUCACCAGGCACUGUGACAGGGCUGAAGGCUGCUACGCUGUACAAAAUCACCAUCCAAUCUAUAAACGCUGGAGGAAGAAGCCAGCUUUCACUUUCUAAAAAGGCCAAAACAGUACUUCCUGCACCCAUCCUGGCAGCAAAUUCCCCAAGUCAUGACAGCAUAGUGGUGAGCUGGAGAGCUGUAUGUAUGGCUGUUGGAUUCUUCAUUUCUAUCAUGAGAGCAGAUGGUUUGGGUGGCAUGUUGAAGGAAAACACUACCAACGACUCCUUGAUAUUUUCAAGCCUAGACCCAGGAACUCUCUAUACCAUCAAGGCACAUGCUUGGGAUGCUAAUGGAAUACCGGGGGAUGACUCCACCUACAACCAAAGAACAAGGCCCCGUGCACCAGAAGAUGUCCAAGUGGUUUUUGAAAGUGGAGCUUUUAGAGCAACUGUUUCCUGCAUGCCAUCAGAGGGGGCUUCCAGAUACGCCAUUGCAGCCUUCAGUGGCCUCUCCAAACUCAACUGUAAUACUACGUCUACUUCUUGCACGAUCCUAUCACUUGACUGUGGGACGAAAUAUUCCCUGUCUGUGGUAGCUAGUAAUGAGGCUGGUUCCAGCUUGCCCACAGAGGCAAUGGCUUUCAAAACAGUCCCUUGCGCUCCGGAAAGUAUAACAAUUGAAGAAGAUGAGCCUGGAAGCCUUGAAGUCUCCUGGUCGGAUGUUGACCUCAGUGAUUAUUAUGUUGUCUUUGUGAAAAGUGAUGAUGGCUUGGAGGUGCACUGCAACACAUCACAUACUCAAUGCCACUUCCAAUCUGACUGCGGUUUCACCUAUUUCAUUAGUGUCUUUGCCUACAACAAGGCGGGGCAGAGCCCCUUAGGGGACAUAUUUAACUAUACAACAGCACCUUGCUGCCCCAGUGAUUUUAACCCAGUGUUUGUGUCAAGCGACACAAUUCAAAUUGUCUGGCCUCCUGUCCGUGGUGCUGAAAUGUAUGAAACCAAAGCUGUUGACUGGCCGAAUGAAUUCUUGUGCAAUGACACUGCCACCAUAUGCACCUUGUCUGCGCUGCAGUGCAACACUCAAUACAAUAUCACCGUCUACUCUUUCAGUGAAAUCCGAGGCAGCAACACAUCAUGUGCAUCUAAACCUGUGGCAACUGCUCCAUGUCGUCCAGAAAUCAAAAGUGUCUCUAAGGAUGCUGUUUCAGUAAUUAGUGUAUACUGGCAUGCCAAUAAUGACGAAGCAACGUAUACAGUCACUGCCAAAGGAGCAGCAGGAAAAUGGCACUGUGAAAGCUCUGGAAGUUCAUGUACUAUCCCUAAUCUCCCCUGUGGGUCUUCGUUUUCUGUCAGUGUUGUAGCAAGGACAGAAGCAGGGCAGAGCUUGCCGAGUUACAGUGUCCCCUUAGAAACUGCUCCUUGCUGCCCGGCUGAUCUUACGGUAACCCAAGUGACACAGUCUGUAACAAACAUCAGCUGGUCUUCUGGGACUGGUGCAAUAACACACAUAACAACUUUGGAAGCACACACAGGAUUUGCCAGGUGCCACACGCUCCAGAAGUACUGCCUCCUGGGAUGCAUUACAUGUGGAACCAACUACAGUGUGUCUGUCCAAGCAAUUAGUGAAACAGGUUUAAUAUCAAAUUGUACAUAUGGAGGAUUUUCAUCAAGUGCCUGCUGCCCUUCUGGGGUGCAACUAUACAGACUGGACAACAAUGGCAUACGAAUACAUUGGCAUACCUCUGAAGGCUCAAUAAACUAUAGUACUGCUCUUUACGGAUCAAAAGGAAAUUUCACCUGUACGCCUAACACAGACCUGACCUACUGCGAUAUCACUGAGAUACCCUGUGGAGAUGUCUAUACAGUUGUGGUGUCACCGGUAACUGAUGAAGGAUCAAGACUUGGAUUUUGUCCUAAGAAGAUAUAUUCAGGGUUGUUUUACGAACGACAGAACAGUGGCAUGUAA